AUGGCUGAUUUAGACGAUUUCUUCGCUAAAAAGGACCGCAAAAAGUCCAAGUCCGUUAAAAAGUUCGCUACCGCUGAUGAACUGGCAAAGAAACUAGAGGAUUCAAAACAAAAAAGCGACGUCAGACCCAAAAAAGACAGACCUCAGGAGGGCGAAGAAGCUAACCGAGCGGAGGAAGAGUGGAAAGACUAUGAGGAGCCCGUCAAAGAUUACACGGGACUCAAGAUACAGGUGUUACAAGGAGGGGCGACGCCCGACACCGCGAGAGACGCGGCCGAGGACUCCGCCCCCGAGAACACAAGGGGGAAGGGACCCUGGAACAAACCUGUGGAGCCGGUGUCAGUGGAGCAGCCAGCGGCGCCCCCCGUGAGGGAGGAGCGCGAGCCCGCAGCGCCCGCCGCCUACGUGCCGCCGCAGUCAAGGAACAGGGCCGUCGAGCCGCGCCGCACGCAGCAACACAGAAAGAACGCCCCGGACAUACACAACGACGACUACUUCCCCGUGUUAGGAGCGGCGAGGGGCGCGCGGGCCGGCUGGGGCGGCGGGGGCGGAGCGCCCGACAGACAACAACAACAACAACAACACCGGCCCGCGCUCAGCACCGGGAACAGGUUCACGAGCCUCCAGGACAGCUAG